AUGCCAGAAGAAGUGUUUGAAAGUAAGCUGCUGAAGAAGGUUGAUAUGUCCGAUAUCAAACUGCCGCCGAAUCUCGUUGUCCGUCCCUUAACUAUCGAAGACAAUGAGAACGGAUUUUUCGAGCUGCUGGCCCAAUUGACGAAAGUAGGAGAGAUCAGCGUCGAAGAGUACACCGCCCGCUUCAACCAGAUGAAAUCGUCCAAGUGCUACUUCGUCCUGGUCGUCGCGGACAACGAGCAAAACGGGAAGAUCAUCGGAACGGCGACGCUCAUUCUAGAGCAGAAGUUCAUUCGCCAGUGCGCGCUCAAGGGACGAGUUGAAGAGGUUGUUGUCGACGAGUCGGCGAGAGGAACUGGCCUUGGAAAGUAUUUAGUUUUGGCUUGCACGCGAUUGUCGAAGCAACUUGGAGUUUACAAAACGACGCUAGAAUGCGCGCCGCACAACGUCAAGUUCUACGAAAAAGCAGGCUACUCCGACGCCGGCGAGAAAUACAUGCAAAUUCGAUUUUAG